GGAAACCGUCGUUCGAUGGCGGACGAUUAUUCACGAGUGUUCCUGUCUGACAGCUAUGUUAACUACCGGCCAUCUGGAGGACCGCUGUCUACCGAGGAGCGCGCAGUACGCGAUGCGCUGCUGUUGCAGCAGCGAGUAUCGGAAAAUUGUAUCGUCCGCGCUUCCGUCAUUGGCGUCAGCAGCGCCUUCAUAGGCGCCCUUUUCGGUACUUUCUUCUUUACCAUCCAGGCAAACGACAUCGCACAUGCCGUACCAACUGAAAAAAUCGGAUUCCGCAAACAGAUGUGCAACCAGCUACAGUUGUUAUGGCCGUCAGUAAAGACGUCUGCCCGCGGAUUUGCGAAGUUGGGCUUCGUGUAUUCACUGUUCGAGUGUAUUUUCCAGAAGCGCAGGGCCCAGUCUGACAUUCGAAACGCACUUUACGCGGGAUGUACCUCCGGCGCUCUCUUGGCCCUAAAGGGUGGUCCCCUGGCCAGUGCCGGUGGCUGUAUCGGUUUUGCGGCAUUUUCAGGACUAAUUGAAAAGUACCAGCAGACACAUCACUAAGCUGGGAUGUACAGCUAGAUUUUUUAAAACGGGGCAAUUGCAUCCCAUCUUUAAUGUAGU